CAGCAGCAUGGCGUCGAAGAACAAGGAGAUCGUGAGCACGUCCGUAGAGGUUCUCGAUCUCAUGAUGAGCUACCUCGAUUAUGCAGUACUGCUGCCUCAGUUUGCCAAUCAAGCUCAGUUUGGAAAUAUGAAGGGCAAGCCUGAUAUUGUGAGGCGACUAUCUGUCGUGUCUGUGGAACUGUGGCCACACAAGCAGAGUCAGGUGGUGCGACACACGCUGCCCGUGCUCUGGUCACUUCUCGAAGAAGCCAGCGUUAGCGGCAACGCGGAGCUACGUUCCGCGGCGCAGGAGCUGGCCGUGCAGAUGUACUCCGUGAUGGGGCAGCCGCUGGUCGAGCAGGCAGACAUUAAACACAAGAGCUUGCUCAUGAAAAUGCUCCGGUAGGUGGCUAACAACGUACGCUACUCUCCCCGGAGCCAAGCAGGCUGACAUUAAACACAAGAGCUUGCCAACGUAGGUGGCCAACGUUUGCUGCAUGAAGUUGAAACAUAAGAAGUUCCAAUGUUCGCUACUCUCCCCGGGCGAGAGUGUUGAAGUUGUUGUUGUGGCGGCCAGGUUCCUGCAGUGAACACGAGCGUGAGUGAGUCCGACGAAGCAUUCACGAUUCCGACAAGAAUGCAGAAGUAGAUGCGCCCUGAUUUAAUGUGUUGUUUUUGCGAUACGGAGGACUGAAUUGCAGCUUUCUGUACGAGUGCUGAAUAUGAACGAGGACUUGUUGGGAGCUUCUGAUUCUGACGCAAACACAGGAGCAUGUAGUGAAGAAUAGUGGCUGUUCCCAUACUGCUAAUGCGUGUUAAGUCAAAGGUGGCUCAACGAUGGAAGAAGAAAUUGAGAAGGACCAGGAAUGCUGUCAUUGUGACAAUAGACUGCACGUACAGAUGAGUGUUUGGUGUGUGUGUGCGCGCGUGCGUGCGUGUACGUGCGAGUGUGCGUGACUUGUACAUGUUGUAUAGCAUUAUGCUCAGCAAUUUAUUAACACUCAGGCUAACAGAGUGUGAAGCAAUUUCUGAUGUAAUAACAGCUUGCUUCAAUAUAGCACACGUUGCUAAUGUGCACACAAAAUAUAUUUUAUUAUCAUAAUUAUUAGCCUAUUUAUAAAUAUAUAUAUAUAUAUAUAUAAGUGUGCAAUACGUCCAAUGUGUAUACGUGUGCAAUACAAUAUAACCCGCCGUCCAUGGUAUAUACGAGUUAUGAAUUAAACUACUAGUUGCCUGUAAACGUGGCUUAUUCUAGUAAUUUUACCUAACGUUCUUUCGAUUGUAUUGUUACAGCAGUUGUGUAGUGCUGAGGUCUAUAGGCCUACUGGCCCAUUAUCUUGCUGUAGCGUAAGACGUUUUCAUUACUGCUAGUCACUGCAGAGAAGUUGUGCUUUUACUGUGUUAUCUCAUUGAUAUCCGAUGAAUUUGCUCAGCUCUGCCGGUUUUGUUGCAAUUUUGUAUGGCAACUAUAAAAGAUAUAAACCCUCUGAAUUUUUUCAGCAAUUUGUCAACUGUAAAAAUGCUCUACAUUUCUUGUGCAAUAUAUAUAGCAACUAAAUAGAAUUUGAAACGGUUUACCAUCUUGUUCUCCACAAUUUUAGUUAUGUGUUACAAUCACGAUGUUAUAAGUUUUUAAGAAAGAAAAUGCUUCUCAUUUUUUUGUGAAGGACUAGUCUUAGCAUGAACCUGUAUAUGUAUAUACAUAGGUUCAUGGUGUUAGUGCAUGCAAGUGCAGGCCAUGUCGUGUUGCUACUAUGUUCACUUGUCCCUGGUGAAUGCAUGAUAGGAAUUAUCGAAGUCUAAACGAUGAACUAGUCUGUUUUUUGAAGAGGCCUUCAGCCUAUUCGAUGUAGUAAACGUUGCUUGUGCUUUCCUCACGCGUGAUCAUCUAUCACAUGGCUGUUAUAGGCACUGCAUAGCUGACGAAGAUUUUGUUCGUACAUUCUUCGCCGCCUAUCGAAUUGCUGGCAUUAGCUUGUGGAAGAGCAGUGGUGUAUCAGCUAUUUACGAGUGUUGAGUAGCGUGUAUAAUGUAUAGAGUCAUUUUCCGAGCCAACAACACGUUACAGAGGCGUGUUAUCUUAGUUUGAUGAACAUUCACGUAUGUUCGUAGUGGCAUUGACGGACUUGUAAGAUUACAAGCGCACUAAAAAUGAAUGACCAAUCCAGUUGUCUGGAUGGCCGUGUAGGGAAGGCACAUGUGAGUAUAUAGAACCUGUGGUGUCGAGUGUAUAAAAGAACGAGGCACGACUCUCGCUGUCACCGUUCGUCACCCGUCUUAGAUGAGAUGUUAUUUUUCUAGUCUGGUUGGUUUCCUGACGUAUUGGCGUCAGUAAAAUGAGGACUGACUAUUCUGCGUCAAGGUUUGCUCUCUUAGUAAUGUCAUAGCGAAGUCGAUGGGUUGGAUUGUGAUUAACUCGGCAGCGCGUGUUCAGAUUCCAGAUAUUAGUUGUUUCUCCCAUCUUCGCGUGGAAUAUGUUGAUAUGUUGAUAUGCUGUGGAUAUGUUGGGUCAUGAAAAGCUAUAUAAUAUGAUCAAAACUUGUCAAAUCUAUUUGCCGUCCAUUCUGUUCAGGUUUUAGCGAUGGAAAGGUGAUUUAUGUCAGUGUAAUGAAAACCGUCCACUAUUGUUCUUGUUCAGGUUUACCACAUAUUCGUGGUCAGAUAUUAUUGAAACUUUCAGGCUAUUGAACUUGCGCGGCGACUUUCGUAAUAGUAAGUUAUAUUUUGAGUAAACGAAAAACGAGUUGGCUUCGGGGUUUGCCUAUUCAGAUAUUACUAGAUACUAAAUAGUGUCUAGAUUAGGCCUAUACAUGCCACAAUAACUAGACACGUUCGUUCGCAUCCGUUUUCUCUGUAGCAGUUGUGUAUAGUUACUGUUUGUACGACAUGCAUUAAUUGUGUAUUUGUGGAAAUCCGUUCCGUCCAUUUCUGAUAUAAUCUAGAAAUGUUGAUUGCGCUGCAAUGAGUGCUAUAUUUUAUUGUCCUCGAACCAUGGUUCUAUACUCUUCUUAAACAAUAUGUUACUUUUAGUAAAUUAACUUGAUAAUUACUGCCUAUGUGAAUAGUAAUAGAUAUCCAGUCUAGAGUUAUUCCAAAGAAAGAGCUAUUCAAGUAAAGGGACGUGUGUGCUUCGCAAAUACUUUGCGCAUAUUUUUUUUCAAUACGGUUGCUGAUAUGUAGAGAACUCUAAUAGCCGAUGCACUGUGCGUCGGUGUCUGUGGCAACUGUCAAAACGUUGAUCAGAUUCCAUAUCCCGUGUAUAGCGCUCAUUGUGCUGCCUGUCGUUAUUUGUUAAAAUCUAGUACAGACGAACCGUCCAGAUCGUUCUUGCGCUAGUCUUCUUUCGGAGAUAUUUGUGUACUGACUGCGCUUGUUGACCGCUUGCCUGAUGCGAGGGUGUACUAGUCUCCAUUACCCCUCCCCCCAUUCGGUCGGCCACCUUGACUGCAAAUGCUGGCAGUGGUUUCCAGCGAUUUUCACCAAGGGUCUACCUAGCUACAGAGCUAAGUCGUGAAUCGCACUAACCACGUAGUGCUAAGUAUCAGUGACAGGCAUGAUCUGGAAGAACGCCGUAGUUCGAAGUCUUGGUGUUUGUGCAGUCCCUGUCGUUUCACCCUCCUAGGUAGCUAUGGUACGCCGCGUCUAGUCUCUGAGCGAGGUACUCUCGUGUAUUUUUCGGCCAGCUCCGGUAGCGAGCUGGCCAGUCACAAGUGCAAACGUCUCCAUCGUAUGUUUAGUUAUGUGAGUUUUAACCUAUUUUACCACCAGUAGGGAAAGUGUUCACGUAAAGACCACAUAUGUGUGGUCUUUAGAAAAUUUAACUGCAGUAGUUUGUUGAAUCGGUGCCCCGAAUGCUUGUUCGUGAUGCGCUAGAAUCGUCACUAUAUUCCUGACAACUCGAUCAUAAUGUUGGUAAAUGUCUGCUAGCAGUUUCUGCUAGUGGUGAUAGCAUCAGGUUAGAUGGCCACUUACAUUGUACACGAUUUAACUUUACAUGUAUAUAUGUUGCAGCUGUUACAUUUUUGAAAGCUCAAUAAAUGUUUGCAGGAAAUUUAA